CAUUAUUGUCUUCCUUUGAUUAAGGUCUUUAACUUCAAUUUGUUUUUAACAAUAGCUUUACAAAAACAAUUUUCUCCGAAUCAAUUUUUGGUGCAACAGAAUUAAGAGCUCGUCACUUUGUCUUCCCUAGCUCACUCAAACCAAACACAUCAGCGUUGUUAGUGUGAACUGUGAUUCUGUGAAUACUGAAACUCUGCUUCUUCAUCCUUAACACGCUUUGCAUCUCACAAGCUCUCUAGGAUUGAAUAAACCAUCAAUAGCCACACACAAACACACAAAAAGUCUGUGUAACCAUCUCAACCCUUCUCCACCCAAUUUUUCAAUACCCUCUUUCUUAAUUAUCCUUUGAAACUAACAAUGUGUUCCCAAAAGACCCUUUUCAGAAUCAUCAACAAAACUGUGUCUUUUCCUUCAAACCAACAACAACAACAUGAACUUGCUCAUAAGAUUACUCAAAUCCUCAUCAAUUCAAAAACCCCAAACUAUUUCAAAUCCAAUAAUACAGAACUUCACUCAAUGAUCUCCUGCAUCACCCCCCAUGUUACUUACCGUGUUCUUUCAAACCCCAUUCUCCCACCUCAUUCCUGUUUAUCCUUUUUCCAUUUCCUUAAAACCCAACAUUCCAACAUUUCACUUAAACCUGACCUAAAUUCCCAUUUGAUUCUCCUUUCGAGACUCUUCCAAGCUCGGAAAUUCGCUUCCAUGAAGACUAUUUUGAAUUCUGUGGUUAAUGAUUCAGAAUUUGGUUGUCCGGUUUCGGGUAUUGUUGAUUUGGUUGAUGAAUUUGAGCCACAUUUUGUUGAGGAGCUUUGUGACAUGUUGUUUAGGGUUUGUUCUGAUAAUAGGUUGUUUGAAGAGGCAUUUAGGGUUUAUGAUUAUGUGGAAGAAAAAGGGUUGGUGAUUGAGGAGAGGUCCUGCUUUGUGCUUUUGCUUGCGUUGAAAAAAUUCGGUGAGGUUGAUUUGUGUCUUAGGUUCUUUCGUCGAAUGGUUGAGUCGGAGAGUAUUGAAAUUAGAGUUCAAUCUUUGACACUUGUGGUGGAUGUGUUGUGUAGGAGAGGAGAGGUUGGGAAAGCUAAGGAGUUGAUGGAUGAGAUGGUGGGGAAAAGUAUUGUGAAACCGACUGUGUUUACUUACAAUACAUUGUUGAAUGCGUAUGUUGGAAUAAAGGAUCGAAAGGGAGUUGAUGAGAUACUGAGGUUGAUGGAGAGGGAGGGAGUUGUUCGAAGUGUGGCUACAUAUAGUAUUUUGAUUCAGUGGUAUUCGAGUUCUGGUGAUAUUGGUGAAGCUGAAAAAAUAUUCGAGGAGAUGCGUGAGAGAAAUGUAGAAAUGGAUGUUUAUGUCUAUUCAUCGAUGAUAAGUUGGAAUUGUAGGUUAGGAAAUAUGAAAAGGGCCUUUGAUUUGUUUGAUGAAAUGUCUCAGAGAGACAUUGCUCCUAAUGCGCAUACUUACGGCUCUUUGAUUUGUGGUGUGUGCAAAGCAGGUCAAAUGGAAGCUGCAGAAAUCUUGUUGGAAGAGAUGCAAAGUAAGGGAGUCGACCUAAAUAUAGUCAUUUUUAACACAAUGAUGGAUGGUUACUCCAAAAGAGGAAUGAUGGAUGAAGCUUCAAGGCUGCAAGGAAUCAUGGAAAGGAAAGGAUUCAACGCAGAUGUGUUUACGUACAACAUUCUUGCUAGUGGUCUUUGUAAAUUGCAUAGGUACAACGAAGCGAAGCAAACUUUAAACUCAAUGAUAGAGCAAGGAAUCGAACCAAAUGUUGUGACAUUCACUACAUUUGUCGAGAUAUAUAGCAAGGAAGGAAACCUUGCAGAAGCUGAGAGGAUCUUUAGGGAUAUGGAGAAAAAGGGAGAAGUGCCUAACGUUGUUACUUAUAACACUCUAAUCGAUGCAUAUUGCAAGAAAGAAAAAGUGAAGCAAGCGCAUUCGAUAAAAUCUGAAAUGGUAAACAAAGGGUUAGUGCCAGAUGUGUAUACAUACUCAUCACUAAUACAUGGGGAAUGUAUUGUUGGCAGGGUAGAUGCGGCACUUAAACUUUUCAACGAGAUGGGUUUAAAGGGCAUAACUGGAAACGUUGCAACGUAUACAUCGAUUAUUUCAGGUUUAUCCAAAGAAGGGAGAUCAGAUGAAGCUUUUAACUUGUAUGAUGAGAUGAUGAGAAAGGGCCUAACACCUGAUGAUAGAGUUUUUGCUGGACUUGUUGGUAGCCUUCACAAACCCGUCACUCAUGCUGCUCUUAAACAAAAUGAAUACGAGGAACAAAAGUAGACACUUCAGAUACCUUCAAUAGGGUCAAAUAUUUGUUUGUCAAAUGCACGAGGGGAGGAAGUACGAAAAAUUGGUCGAUAAGGGUGUGAGAUAAUGCUGAUUUUUUUCUUGAAGCUCAAGCAAGAAGACAUGUGUUGAGGGGAAAAUUUAUCUUCAACAAUACCAAAUUAGAGCUUGGAAACUGGGAAAAUAUGCAAAUAUUCUGCUCUUGCAUCAAGAAAGUAUCAGAUUUGGGUUCAGUUCACUCAAGGGAUUUAUUUAUAGCUAUGUGACUAUGGGAUCUGAGUGAAGGUUUUAUUGUUGAUAACGAAGGAAAGCUGUUGUAUAUGAUCAUUGAUUUCUGCUGAACAUGACGGAUACAAGUUUCAUUUUUACCUCGCCCGUUGUUUUUCGCCCACUUGCAAUGUGUCAGAAUGUUAGUUUUAAAUAUUAGUUGCAAAAAUUAUGCAACAGAUUCUACAUCAACCGUUUUCUAUAUUGCUAAAUCAAAGUAUUUAAUCUUUA